AUGCCGACCAUUGGGGUGGGAGCGGAGGUUGAACUGCGCAGCAAGCAGGGACUGCUUGAUGCCGGCACGUCCGGAGAUCCUUUCAAAGACCUCCACUUCUUCGGAAGGGUCAUUGCUGAAGCAGCACCUACAUACGCCACCCGCCGACAACCACCGGCGACCUCACUCCACCACCUACAAAUCCCCUCCCCUCCCCUCCGCAUCGCCAAAGUGUUCUCCAACGCUUUCCGCCGCGCAGGCUCUCGACCGCUCCGCUCCAGUAUCGGCCUGCCCUUCCUCGCCGCCGCGUCCUUCUACCGCCCCGCCAACAGCACCAGCGCUCCCUUGCUUGCCACCAACCCGGCCCUCUCUCCCACCACCUCCGCCCUCCAGCAAACCCGCAAAAUGCACUCCAAACUCGUCAUCAUCGGCUCCGGGCCCGCCGGCCACACCGCCGCCAUCUAUGCUGCACGCGCCGACCUCAAACCCGUCAUGUACGAGGGUUUCCUCGCCCUCGGCAUCGCAGCCGGCGGCCAGCUCACCACCACCGACGAAGUCGAAAACUACCCGGGCUACGAGAUGAUCAAGGGCACCGUUCUGAUGGACGAAAUGAGGAAACAAUCCGAGGCAUGCGGGACGGAGAUUAUCACGCAGACCGUCGGCAAGGUGGACUUUUCCCAACGGCCAUUCAAGUUCUGGCUACACCCGAUGGGAGACGAUGACGCGCUCGAGGAGGAGACACACACCGCCGACAGCAUCAUAAUAGCCACAGGCGCCAAAGCGAGGAGAUUGGGCUUGGAUGGCGAGGAGAAGUACUGGGGCAAUGGCGUCUCUGCAUGCGCAGUCUGCGAUGGAUCCCUGCCGAUUUUCCGGGAGAAGCCUCUGGUGGUCAUCGGAGGCGGCGACAGCGCGGUGGAAGAAUCUCUCUACCUCGCCAAAAAGGCGUCCAAAGUCAUCGUGCUUGUGCGGCGAGACGUGCUGCGCGCCAGCAAGGUGAACGCCCGACGUCUUUCGACCAAUCCCAAGAUUGAAAUCAAAUACAACCACCAAGGCGUGGAGAUCAAGGGCGAUGACGGCCCCCGUGGUCUGAUGCGAAGCAUGGUCGUCAAGAACACCAAGACCGGUGAGACGGAGGAGAUUCCGGCCAACGGCUUGUUUUACGCCGUGGGCCACGAGCCGGCAACCCACCUGUUCAAGGGGCAGUUGAAGAUGGACGAUGAUGGCUAUCUCAUUACCACGCCUGGCACGGCCGAAACGAAUAUCGCAGGUGUCUUUGCGGCGGGCGAUGUGCAGGACAAGAUUUAUCGACAAGCCGUUACUUCGGCUGGCUCGGGAUGCAUGGCAGCGCUCGAAGCAGAGAAGUGGUUGGCAGAGCAAGAAGUCGUCGAGGACGGGCCGGAAAACGUGUCGGAGGCGAAGAAGGGCCAGGGCCAUGCAAACGGUGUGGUGCCUGAGUACCGUUCGAAUCCACUGCUGUAG